UGCAAAAUUUAUAAAAUAAUCAAGUCAUUUUCGUCAGCUUCAAGGAGUUGCAUAUUUAUCAUAUAUGCUUAGUUGUUGUUAAUUUUGGAACAAUUUAUUAAAAAAAGUUCAUGUGUUGACGCUUUAGUCAAUAGCAACGUUUUAACUUGACGUGCUUUUUCUUCCAAAGAAAAGCUAGACCUUUUCUCUUUUCAAAUAAAUCUAUUCAUUGGCUUUUUAAGAUAUAAACCGUCUUUCGAAUUAUGUUUAGUCUGCAAAUUAAAGGCCUUCGUCAGCUACUUCCAAUCUAUAAAAUUCAAAAACAUUAUCUUUCUACAAAGUUGACACCUACUUCUUUCGCUUUAGCCUAUAAUAGAUCGCUAAAUAGAUAUAUAAAUAAUUUUAAUAUUAAACCAAAACUAUUUAAAAAUUUCGCUGCUCCUCAUGUAAGUUUUUUAAAGCCAUUCUCACGCACAAUGUCUGCUGGUCAUACAUCGCAUUUUGUUUUGCCUAAUACACAACCCAUUGCUGACUUAGAAUGCAAAAAUGCUUUCGAGAAUUUAACGGAGAAAGAAAAACUAUACGCUCAUUACUUCAGUAAAGCUUCGUGGGAUGGUGGACUUAUAUCUUUAAUACAAUCUAGCCCAGAAGGUCCACUGAUAUUUGCACUAUUACAUCGUGUGUUCGUGGCAGAACCAAUCAAAGAUUUCAAACAAAGAGCGUUGGAUAAUGGAAUUACAGAGGAACAAUUUACAGCCUUUCUUGUCUAUGCCUGUGGAAUUUUUGCUAAUACGGGUAACUACAAGGGCAUGGGAGAUAGUAAAAUUAUUCCCAAUUUAGAGGAAGAUAAAUUCGAGGCAAUCGUACGUCUCUCAAAUGCUUAUGCUAAGGAUAAGCAUGUGCCAAUCAUCCUAAAUAAAGUCAAAUCUUUGAUUUAUGCUUUAAAACCACGUGAUGAAGUUCUGGGUUUUGCACCUAAUGGCAUAACUACAUAUUGGUCUGAUAAUUGCACUAAGGAAGAUGCAGAUAUUGUAAAUGAAUGGUUAACUGCUAAACGUAUUGAACCUUAUAUGUGUCGUACUUUUAAAAUUGAAGAAGGAGACAAAACUAUUUAUGAUAUAAAAUUGGGUUCAGUGGAAGGUUCUGAUAAAGAUGGUAUUACAAUACCGUUGGAAGCAUUUAAGGGUCAUAAUUUCCGUGUGACGCGUGGCGAUUACUGUAAAUUGUUAAAACGUGUGAAUGAAAAUCUAUUAAAUGCAAAAAAAUAUGCUGCCAAUGAUAAUGAGAUGAAAAUGAUAGAUCAUUAUGUAAAUUCAUUUCGAGAUGGUUCACUAGCAGAACAUAAAGAUGGAUCAAGAUGGUGGAUUAAGGAUAAAGGUCCUGUUAUUGAAACCUAUAUUGGUUUUAUUGAAACUUACCGUGAUCCAGCUGGUGGUCGUGCUGAGUUCGAAGGUUUCGUUGCUAUGGUGAAUAAAGAAUGUUCUGCUAAAUUUGCAGAACUUGUUGCACGUGCAGAAAAACUAUUAGAAUAUUUACCAUGGACAGAAGCAUAUGAAAAGGAUGCUUACUUGAAACCUGAUUUUACAUCGCUUGAUGUGUUAACAUUUGCUGGAAGCGGUGUGCCAGCUGGCAUAAAUAUUCCAAAUUAUGAUGAGAUACGUCAAGAUGAAGGAUUCAAGAAUGUCUCCUUAGGAAAUGUAUUAGCUAACAUCAAUCGUAAAGAUCCUAUACCAUUUUUAUCAGACGAAGACCAAGUGUUGAUGAAGGACUACAAAGUUAAAUCGUUUGAGGUGCAGGUUGGACUCCAUGAAUUGUUAGGUCAUGGCAGUGGUAAACUCUUCCGUAUUGAUGAAAAUGGUAAAUUUAAUUUCGAUAAAGACAAUACUAAAAAUUUAGUCACUGGUGAACCAAUCAAAACUUGGUACUUACCUGGAGAAACAUAUGAUACGAAAUUUGGCGUUAUUAGUUCUUCAUAUGAGGAAUGUCGUGCCGAAGCCGUCGGUUUAUAUCUUUCAUUACAAAGAGAUAUACUAGAAAUUUUUGGUUUUAAAGAUCCUGCAGAACAAGACACUAUUGUUUAUGUAAAUUGGUUAAGUCUCAUUUGGAACGGCAUGGGCGUUGCCUUAGAAAUGUUCAAUCCACAAUCUAAGCAAUGGAUGCAAGCACAUUCGCGUGCACGUUUUGUUAUUAUGAAAGUCCUAUUGGAAGCGGGUGAAGGUUUUGUAACUGUUGAAGAAACUGAAGACGGAAAAAAUCUACGUUUAACAGUUGAUCGUACGAAAUUGCAUACAGUGGGUAAAAAAGCAAUUGAAGAAUUUUUGAAGAAAUUGCAAGUAUAUAAAUCCACUGCUGAUAUUGUGGAAGCAACAAAAAUGUAUGAGUAUUAUUCUGAAGUAAGUGAAAGUGGUCCACAUCCUUGGGCUAAAUGGCGUGACAUAUGCCUGGCACAUAAAAAACCACGUAUAAUUUUGGUACAAGCAAAUACUUCCGUCGAAAGUGAUAAGGUUAAGCUCACAACUUAUGAAGCCAAUCAUGAAGGUUAUAUACAAUCAUGGAUAGAUCGCUAUCCUAAAACUGAUGUCGAUGAUAUUUUGGAAGAAAUUGUAGAGUCGAAUAAAAAAUACUUCCCAAGUGCCUUUGGAAACUAAGUUAUCGAUUGCAUUUAAAAUAUAUUUAUCGAAAGUGAAUUUAGCAAAUAAUGUUUAUAAAAAAGUUAAAAACAA